AUGCCGUUCGGCUUGAAAAAUGCGGGGGCAACAUAUCAAAGGCUGAUGAACAGAAUAUUCCACGACCUCAUAGGGAAAACGGUUGAAGUUUAUGUGGACGACAUCCUAGCAAAAACAACACGACCUGACGACCUCCUGAACGACCUGGCAAGUGUAUUUGCGUCUCUCCGUCAACACGGUAUGAGGCUGAACCCCCUCAAGUGCGCCUUUGCCAUGGAGGCCGGCAAGUUCCUGGGAUUCAUGAUAACUCAGAGAGGGGUAGAAGCUAACCCGGAGAAAUGCCAGGCAAUACUCCAGAUGAAGAGCCCUGGUUGCAUCAAGGACGUCCAGAGGUUGGCAGGACGGUUAACCUCACUAUCUCGAUUUCUCGGGGCUUCGGCGACAAAGGCCCUGCCAUUUUUCAACCUCAUGAAGAAAGGGAUGGCGUUUGAGUGGACACCCGCAUGUGAAGAAGCCUUUCAACACUUCAAGGAAAUCCUGGCGGCACCUCCCGUUCUCGGGAAGCCAAAGGACGGGGAACCACUAUACCUAUACCUCGCUAUAACAAGCGAAGCCCUGGCCGCAGUUCUGCCCCGGCAAGCCAUCAAGGCGCAAGCCAUGGCGGAUUUUUUAGUUGAAGUAACGGGAGACCCAGGCGAAAACAUGGGAACACGGUGGAAGCUCCAUGUGGACGGAGCCUCCAACCAGACCUUCGGAGGUGCCGGAAUCAUCCUGGAAAGCCCGAUUGGGGUCGUAUACGAACAGUCGGUUAGGUUCGAGUUUACCAUCUCGAACAACCAAGCAGAAUACGAAGCCCUCAUAGGAGGCUUAGCCCUAGCGGCAGAGGUCGGCGCGAGAAGGCUGGAUAUAUGCAGCGAUUCCCAAGUCGUCACUUCCCAAGUAAACGGUAGCUACCAGGCCAAAGACCCCUUGCUACAAAAGUACUUGGAAAAGGUUAAAAGCUUGAGUCAAAAGUUCGAAGAGAUCACGGUCCACCACGUACCCAGAGAAAGAAACACACGGGCAGACCUCCUAUCAAAGUUGGCCAGCACAAAGCCAGGGGAGGGGAACCGGUCUCUCAUCCAAGGCAUGACAAGAGAACCAGCAAUCACACUGCACGUAACAAGCCUAGGUCCUUCAUGGCUAGACCCCAUCAUCAACUUCCUAGAACACGGCCAAGUCCCUGGUGAUGAAAAGGAUGCGGCGAAGUCAAGGAGAGAAGCGGCCAAAUACGCCGUCAUCCAAGGACAGCUAUUCAAGAAAGGGCUCAGCCAACCCCUACUCAAGUGCCUACACCCCGACCAGACAGACUACGUCCUCAGGGAAGUCCAUGAGGGCUGCUGUGGGCACCACAUCGGAGGCAAAGCCCUAGCAAGAAAAUUAAUCCGAACUGGAUACUACUGGCCGUCGAUGAUGGCAGAUUCCAAAGAGUUUGUCAAAAAGUGUGUAAAGUGCCAACAGAACGCCAACUUUGCCAGGGCGCCGGCCUCAGAGUUAAGCUUGCUAACGACCUCCCGGCCAUUCGCUCAGUGGGGAGUCGACCUCUUAGGACCCUUCCCGGUCGGCCCUGGGCAGGUGAUAACACGAUUCGGGAUACCGGAAGUCGUCAUCUCGGACAAUGGUACACAGUUUACUGACAAAAAGUUCACGGAAUUUCUCAGCGGCCUGGGUAUAAGGCAAAGGUUCUCUUCGGUAGAACACCCUCAGACGAACGGACAGGUAGAAUCCGCCAACAAGGUUAUCCUCUCAGGGCUGAAAAAGAGGUUGGACAAUAAAAAGGGCGCGUGGGCCGAAGAACUAGCAACGGUUCUCUGGUCCUACCGGACAACCGAGCAAUCCUCCAUCAAGGAAACUCCUUUCCGACUAACGUACGGGGUGGAUGCAGUAAUACCCGUAGAGAUCGGUGAACCGAGUCCGCGGUUGCUUUUGAAAGGAGUGGAGGAAACCGUGGAAAAGGACCUGAUAGAUGAAGCUCGGGCAAUGGCCCAUUUGACAGAAACGGCGCUGAAGCAAAGAGUGGCCCUGCGCUACAACACCAAAGUGCUCAAAAGGGAGUUCGAGCCAAACGACCUCGUCUUAAGGCGAAAUGAUAUCGGCCUGCCGACCCCCGGAGAUGGCAAGCUAGCGGCAAACUGGGAAGGCCCCUACAAAGUCAAAAAGGUGAUGGGAAAAGGAGCCUUUAAGUUAGAAAAGUUUGAUGGCAAGGAGGUCCCGAGGACAUGGAACGCGGACAACCUUAGAAGAUUCUACCCCUAG